AUGGACGGGGUCUUUUCUUCUGAUGCGUCUCCUUUGAGUGUGAAUUCUUGUCAGGGCCUGGACCUGGACCUGGACCUGGACCUGGACCUGGAGCAGACAGUUCACGUGGCCAUGCGCUGCGUCAUGACCCUGGUCUACCUUGUGAUCAUGGUGGUGGGUGUGGUGGGGAACGUGACUCUGUUGAAGGUCCUGAUGAGCGGCGGUGGGGGUGCAGGGCGUGGUAGCGUUCCCAACAUCUUCAUCAGCAGCCUGGCAGCUGGAGACCUGCUGCUGCUUCUCACCUGCAUCCCUGUGGACGCAUUCCGCUUCUUCUCCGAGGAGUGGCUACUGGGGGAGGCCGCGUGCAAACUCCUCCCCCUCAUCCAGCUCACCUCGGUGGGCGUGUCCGUCUUCACGUUGACAGCACUGAGCGCUGACAGAGUUGUAACACACUUUAUGGACACAUGACCCCCCCCCCCCCCCCCGACGUCCAGCGCUGUCUUCUGGACCGGUGUGAAGACCACCUUCAUCUGGCUGCUGUCUGCUCUGCUGGCUGUACCAGAGGCCGUCUUCUCACAGGUUGUCCCCAUGCAGGGUCACAGGAACCAGUCCAACCUGACCUUUGACAACUGUGUCCCAUAUCCCUCGUCAGACCAGGUUCACCCCAAGAUCCACUCCGUGCUGAUCUUCCUGGUCUACUUCCUGGUUCCUCUCUCCAUCAUCUCCGUCUACUAUUACCACAUCGCCUGUACGCUGGUCCGGAGCGCUCACGAUAUUCCAGGAGAAGUCAGUCAGCACAGCAGGAAGCAGAUGGAGACCAGGAAGCGUCUGGCUAAGAUCGUUCUGGUCUUCGUGGGACUGUUCGCCCUCUGCUGGUUCCCGAACCACGUGCUCUACAUGUACCGCUCCUUUCACCACCAGCAGUUGGACGUGUCUGUGACUCACCUGGUCAUCACGCUGGUGGCCCGCGUCCUCAGCUUUUCCUCGUCCUGUGUCAACCCGUUCGCCCUUUACCUGCUGAGCGAAAGUUUCCGCCGACACUUCAACAGUCAACUGCGGUGUCACUCACGUCGGACCCCGGAACGUCAGGUGAGCUACAUCAACAGCACCACCCACAUCCGCCUCGCCUCCAUCAGGAAGACCACGCCCACCGCAGCAGCUGCAGCCAAUGAACACUCAGAGAGACUGGAAGUGGCUCCAUGAACCAGGACCAGAAACACCUGGUACCGGCACCGAAGACCAGGGUCCUACGGUCCAGACCGUGUGAUGGUGUGUGUGUGUGUGUGUGUGUGUGUGUGUGUGUGUUUGUUUCUUCUUUCAGUUAAAGUGGUUGGUGUGAUUUUCUUUGAUCCAGAUUCAGUUCCGAUCAUGUGAACCCUUUGAUGCUAACUCAGCUCGUCAAGCUAGUUGUGAUCGUUUGAUGUAAAGAUAAAUAAAUAUUUUCAUUCAAAAACAUUUUUGACUGUUUUUAUUUACAGAAAACUGUUUAUGAUCAGUGGCGCUUUGACCCAGAGCCAACGUCUCUGUCGUUGGUGUGAAACCCCAGGGUUCACCUCCUGGGCAAGAUGGAAUCACCACCACA